AUGAAGACACAGGCAAACAUCAGAGGUGGCACGCGCGCAGACACUGCCAAGGUGUUCUUAAAACCCGCGGUGAACAGACCGAAUCUCCACGUAUUAACAAAUGCUCACGUGACAAAGGUGAUGUUCGAGGGCAAGAGGGCGGUAGGCUUGCAGUUUAUACAUGGUGCCGAGAAGAAACAGACGAGAGCGUCUCGGGAAGUGAUCCUCUCUGCUGGAGCUAUCGGCUCUCCUCACAUUCUCCUCUUGUCUGGCGUUGGUCCAAAAGAGCAACUCGACCAGUUAAAUAUCCCGCUAGUCGCUGACCUUCCAGUAGGAAAACACUUACAGGACCAUGUUGCUCUUUUCUACCCAGAGAUUUUAAUUGAGAAAAAUAUUUCAAUGAUUAAAGACGACCUGUUAAGCUUUAAGGCCAAAGUUAAGUGGGAUAUGCUAGCGAAAGCCCCUAUGGCAACCAACGGUCUGGAAGCUAUUGGUUUCUUUCAUACAGCCGGCUUGGAGAAGAAAGGCGUGUCCCCUGAUAUGCAGCUGCUUAUGUCCGUCUUUGGUCUCGGAUCUAUAGAUGAUGAUUUUACAUAUAAUUGGCUGGGAUUCGACAGAAAGUUCAUUAAGGAUGCGAAAUUUUCUACGCAAGUGAAUCGUCAUCUUUUCUCGUGGAUACAAACUUUGUUGCAACCAAAAAGUGUCGGUGACAUUCGUCUGAAAACCAUCGACCCGCUGGAUUAUCCACUUAUAGAUCCACGUUACUACGAGAACGAACAAGACGUUAAAACUAUGGUGGAAGGAAUCAAGAUUGCAAUGAGACUUUCAGAGGCGGCGGCAUUCAAGGCUAUCGGGGCAAAAGUGAAUCCACAUGCCUGGACCAUUCCAGGAUGCACUCAGCACAGAAAAGGUGACAAAUACCUAGAGUGUGUUGCACGCAACAUGGCUGCUACAAUUUACCAUCCGACGGGAACCUGUAAGAUGGGUGCCAGCAACGAUCCGUCUGCCGUUGUUGAUCCGCAGCUGAGGGUGCGUGGAGUAGAAGGACUGAGGGUCGUGGAUGCCUCCAUCAUGCCGGAAAUCGUAGCGGGAAACACGCAUGCGCCCGUCAUCAUGAUCGCUGAGAAGGCUGCCGACAUGAUACGCGCUGCUGUGAAGAACUAGUUAGCCAUUUCAUCGAUGGUAUUACCACGCAUGUGCAUUGCCGACAUGAUUGUGUUUUGUGUU